AUGGAUGAAGACCAGGGUCCCGCCCAGAUCGUUCCGGGCACCACGCCCAAGAAAACCAUUGGCGACCGCGUCCGUGGCGCAAAGCGAGCCUUCUUCACCAAGGAUGGCCUGGUCGGCACAUACGAUUAUGCCUUCCUCUUCCGGCCUAAUCUCCCCUUCAUGCGCAAGAGCCGCCAAAACUCGCCCUUCUUCGGCCUCAACGACCAAAUGCCCACCCUGCUCGCCCUGCUUCUCGGUUUUCAGCACGCCUUGGGUAUGCUGGCGGGCGUCAUCACACCUCCGAUCCUCAUGAGCGGUGCCGCCGGCGCAAACUUGACCACAAGCCAGCAGCAGUACCUCGUCUCCACUGCUCUGAUCGUGUCUGGCUUCCUGUCCAUGAUUCAGAUCACGAGGUUUCACAUUUACAAGACCAACUACUAUAUUGGUACUGGUCUCCUCUCCGUGGCCGGCAUCUCCUUCUCCAUCAUCCCCGUUGCGCAGGGAGCUCUGAGCCAGAUGUACGCAAACGGAUUUUGCCCGUCAGACUCCGACGGCAACAGGCUGCCAUGCCCCGAAGGCUACGGCGCCAUUCUUGGCACUUCAGCCAUCACGUCCCUGACCAUCGUCUUGAUCUCUUUCCUGCCGCCUAAGAUCAUGCUCAAGAUCUUCCCUCCCAUCGUCACGGGUCCGACUGUCCUGCUCAUCGGCGUCAAGCUCAUCGAGAGCGGUUUCAAGAACUGGAUGGGCGGCUCUGGGCCCUGUGCUAGCCCCUCGACUGCUGUCGGCUUCUUCGCGAGCUGCCCCAACAUUGCUGCACCUCAUGCUCUUCCUUGGGGCUCGCCCGAGUACUUUGGCCUAGGUCUGUCCGUUUUCGUUGCCAUUAUUGCUGCGGAGAGGUUCGGUUCCCCGAUUAUGAAGUCGUGCGCAGUCAUCAUUGGCCUCCUUGUCGGUUGUAUUAUCGCUGCCGCCGCCGGCUACUUUGACCGCUCUGGCAUCGAUGCUGCUCCUGCCGUGUCCUUCGUCUGGGUCAAGACUUUCCCGCUGUCGCUCUACGGACCUCUCGUUCUACCGCUAAUUGCAGUCUACAUCAUCUGCGCCACCGAAGCCAUUGGCGAUAUCACGGCUACCUGCGAUGUGUCCCGCCUUGAGGUCGAGGGCCACACAUACGAGUCCCGUAUCCAGGGUGGCGUUCUCGCUGACGGCAUCAACGGCAUGCUCGCCGCCCUGAUGACCAUCACGCCAGUCACGACCUUUGCCCAGAACAACGGCAUCAUCGCCCUGACGCGCUGCGCCAACCGCUCGGCCGGCUACUGCUGCUGCUUUUUCCUCAUCAUCAUGGGCAUCUUCUCCAAGUUUGCGGCUUCGCUGAUCGCCAUUCCCUCGUCUGUCCUCGGCGGCAUGACGACCUUCCUCUUCGCUGCCGUCGCCGUGUCUGGUAUGGCUAUCAUCAACAAGGGCGUCAUUUUCAACCGUCGCAGCCGUUUCAUCCUCACCGCAGGUUUUGUCUUCGGCUACGGCGGUAUCCUCCUGACCGGCUACUUUGACGGCGUUCUCAAAUAUGACGGCGACAACAAGGGCCUGCGUGGCUUCCUCGAUGCCAUUGAGCUCAUCAUGAACACUGGCUUUGCCGUCACCACCGUCAUCACCAUGGUGCUCAACCUGACGCUUCCCGAGGAGAUGGAUGACGCAGAUGCCGCUGAGGUCGCGUCCGUCAAUGACCGGGCCAUCUUGCAGGGCGACGAUAGCGCGAGGACCACUUCGGAGGACGCGCAGGCUGUUACGCAGGGGGGCAUCAAGGGGGAGGAGAAGUUGCAUUGA